AUGGAAGGCGCUGUGACUCCCUCGGAGGAAGAACGCCACUCGGCAUUUUACAUCGAUCGGAUUCUGGAUUCGGAUCAGGAAAACCCUGGGAAGAGUCUGAGACUACACCGACCCUGGACAGAAUUUGAAGCAGAGAGGGGGAACAGAGAGAACGGUUUCUGCUGUGAACAAACCAUUUGUCACCGAGCUCCGCCGCAGAACCGAACCGGACCCAAGCUAAGCUGGUACACUGGGCGACGGCCGCGCACAGCCUUCAGCAGCAGCCAGGUGAACGCUCUGGAGACGGCGUUCCGAGUCGACUGCUAUCCAGGGAUCCAGCUGAGGGAGCAGCUGGCGGGGAGGCUGGACCUGGACGAGGACCGAAUCCAGAUCUGGUUCCAGAACAGACGAGCCAAACUGAGGCGUUCACUCAGAGAGACCCGACUGCGGCUGGUUCAGACGGCCAUGACGGCGCUGAAAUCGAGGCCGGAGGUCAGAGGUCGCCAAGAGGAGCCGUCGCGUCACCGUCCUCCUCACUGUGAUGCAGAGGAUGAGUGA